GUGGAACUGCAUAAGUUUUUAUUGUGCUGUGGCUGUGGUCUGAAUAUAUAGUUAUAAACAGGAAAUCAAUAGUUACUUCUACAUGAUGAUUUGUUUAUCGCUAUACUCACUUAUCGUGAUGCUGGGGAUAGUUUUUGGACAGGAAGAUAACAAGACAUCCAAAGUUAGCGCAAAAACUUUUUUGCCCAACGUAUACCUAGCCGGCGGAGUAGGCUUCCAGCCCGACGGUCAAAAGUCUCUACCCAACGGACAAGUGUUCCUCCCCAACGGACAACAGUUCCUUCCUUACACCCCACAGUUCCCUCCUAACGGCAGAGAGUUCAUUCCCAACGGCCAACAGUUCCCUCCCAACGGCCAACAGUUCCCUCCCAACGGCGCACAGUUCCUUCCCUACGGACAACAGACCCCUCCCAACGGCGCACAGCUCCUUCCCUACGGACAACAGACCCCUCCCAAUGGAGAACAGUCCGCUCCCAACGCCCAAGAGAUCGCCCCCAAGCAGAGCUGUCUACCCAGGGAAUGGGCCGCCAACUGCCCAACUUCUCCGCGGCCCUUUAUUCCUUUAAUGAAUCCAGUCUUGGUUAAUUAUAUUUUGACCUUACACAACUACCUACGUAGUUCAGCAUUGACGGGACGAAGUCCACCUCCGAAGGUGAUCCCGCUUCGCUGGAACCCAGAUCUGGCCACCUUAGCGGAAGGUAAUAUUAUGCAGUGCAAGGUGGUCCAUGAUGAAUGUGCGUCUGUGAAAUACAAGAGGUCCGCACAGAACAUAGCGCUAAGUAGCUAUACGGGAAAUUUGAAUGCCCGAUCGGACAACGAGUUGGUGAAGUCGUGCCUUCACUCGUGGUGGAACGAGUACAAGGCUAGCAACUAUCAGGAUGUAGGUCACGGCAAACAUAUCGCAGUGGGCUGUGCUGCCUCCAGAUUCUAUCAGAAUAAUGAGCAUAAAUUCCUGUUUGCCUGCAAUUAUGCUACGACCGAUCCAAACGGAAAUCUAGAGCUCGCUAAUGGCCGAAGGACCGCAGCGGCCAUUAAUAUAUUUUCCUAAAUGAGACUUUGUUUUUGUAAAAUAAAAGGGAUACGAUAAGAGUAUUCCCCAUGAAGUCAACAUUUUAGAUGAUUUAUUAAUAAAGCUAACCAUACCUAAA